UUAAUAGUUUAUUCUUCAUGUCCUAUCUUUUUUUUUGUGUUUGCUUUUUGCAUCAUUAACCGUUGGAUUCCUUAUUAUUUUAGUCUUUUUCUUAUCUCUUUUCCAUCCAAAGAUCAAAGAUGGAAAGAGGUGGAUAGAUCUUAAUAGAUAUGUAAAAUCACCAUCAUUAUUAUUAUUAUUAUUAUUAUUAUUAUAUAAAAGGGUCUAUCUUUGCCUUGGUGUGUUUUAUUCUAUGUAAAGGAACAUCCUGUUUUCCCAACCAACUUGAAGCUCCUUCUACCAAAACCAACAGCAUCAUCAUCCAUGGCAUCUCAAGGUCACGGUAACAAGCUCAUCGUUUCAACAUCACCAAAGAGUGAUAGUGGCGGCGGCGGUGGCGGCACGGGAUCAUUGCCCAAAGGACAGUGCUUGUGCUCACCAACGACACAUGAAGGGUCCUUCCGGUGCCGUUUGCAUCGUGGGCAUACAGCUUCACCAGCUAAUUGGAUGAAACGCUCCAAGUCCAUGCCUGCCAAUAAGCCUGUGGUUUCUGACUCCACAUGCUGAUGAUAACAAAAAAAAACUAUUGUGAGUUAUGUGUUCAUGUGUACCUUUAUAUGAUAUGAUAUGAAUCCUUGCUUGCAACUCUUGAAUUUUGGCAGUGUUGAUUUUAUAUAUGCUUUGGAACUUUGUUGUUCCACCUCUCAAGUUUUCCCUAUGCUUAAUUACAUAUACAUAAAUUAAUUAUAGAAGUAGGUGUGACUAUUUUGAUUA